AUGGCCGUCUCUGUUGGACCGUCUUCCAAGCUUUUUGAGCCGUUGACCAUUGGAAAUGGCAAGAUCAAGCUUGAACAUCGUGUGGUUCUCGCACCAUUGACCAGGAAUCGAGGUACACCACUGGAACCGGAAAGCACUCCUGAGAAACCGAAUCGCAUAUGGCUACCAAACGACCUUAUGGUUGAGUACUACACUCAACGUACGAGCAAAGGCGGCCUCGUAAUUACAGAAGGGGUGCCGCCGUCUCUGGAGGGUAACGGAAUGCCAGGUGUGCCUGGCUUGUUCAUCGAAGAGCAAAAGGCUGGCUGGAAAAAGAUCGCCCAAGCAAUCCACGCACAAGGCGGCUAUGCUUAUCUUCAAUUGUGGCACUCGGGAAGAGCCAAUAUCCCCCAGAUGACCGGUACACCGAUCGUCAGCCCCUCUGGUCUGCCCUGGGAUAGUCCGGAGGAGUGCUUCGCAUACCCGCCUCCACACACAUCAAAGCAAGCUCGCUAUGUCGAUUAUCCCCCUAUCGAACUCACCACUGAGCAUAUUAAAAAGACGAUCCAGGACUACGUUCGCACAGCCAAGUGGGCUAUAGAAUGCGGGUUUGACGGUGUCGAAGUCCACGGUGGUAAUGGGUAUCUGCCAGAGCAAUUUCUCGCCUCCAACGUCAAUAAGCGAACUGAUGCGUACGGUGGUAGCCCAGAGAAGCGUUGUACUUUUACUCUCGAGCUGAUGGAGGAGCUGAGUAAGGCUAUUGGAGAUGAGAAUCUGGCUAUUAGACUGUCGCCGUUUGGUCUAUUCAACCAGAUUCGCUGCGAGCAGCGUAUGGAGACAUGGACAACCCUGUGUCGCAAACUGAAGGAAGCGCACCCAAACUUGUCUUACGUGAGCUUCAUUGAGCCUCGCUAUGAACAGAUUCACAACGAGAACGAAAAGCAGAAGUUUCUGGACUCCUGGGGCCUCGGCUCAAUCGACCUCACACCUUUCCGCAACAUCUUCGGCGCUACUCCGUUCUUUUCCGCUGGUGGUUUCGACGACACAAACUCGUGGGGCGUGUUGGAGUCGGGAAAGUACGACGCGCUGCUGUACGGCAGAUAUUUCAUCAGCAAUCCCGAUCUGCCCAGAAGGUUGAAAGAGGGGUUGCCGCUUGCGCCCUAUGAUAGGAGUAGGUUCUAUGGGCCCUUUGAGAACAACUCGGUUUGCUAUACAGAUUACCCCGAGUGGGAGCAGGCGAGCACACCGUAA